CUGGCACAUCCGAUGAGGCAGUUUCUUCUCUUUCCAUAUUGUUGGAUGACAUAAUUGCUAAGUUUACGAGCCGAGUCCUACUCACUUGCAAAGCAAGGGCACUUACGUGCCAGACGAAUAACGUAUACUUUCGCGAAAAAACGUGGGAAUUGAAACAUUUUUCCAGAAGACCACUUUUCCGAUUCCUCACUCAGCCCGAUGUCAUAUCUGCGAUUAAUUCUAUAACUGCUGAUAAUAUAUUCGACUACUAUCAGCAGGAAAUGCCAAAUAGCAAACUUUCGCAAGUAUAUCAAGUGAUAAUCCAAGAUUUGGAGGAAGUACUCGAAUCAAAUUUCUUUAAAGAAGAUACGACGCGUGUUCUGAAGAACAUUAGAGACACUUGGGUUGGACUGCGUGUCGCUUACUUCUGGCGUAUGAGGACUGCGGUCGCUCAUAUGACCCUGAUCGGUGGCAAACUUGGGGACUGCGGUCGCUCAAGUUUGGAAGUCUGGGGACUGCGGUUGCUUGGACCUAAACCACUCCUCCCCAAUCGUUUCGAGCUAAUUCGUACGUGGAAAAAACAACGCAUUCGAUUCUAUAAAAAUGAAGAAGCGAUCAACAAACAAAAGACCGGUCGCGAAGUUCAGUUUCAAACGUGCGUCUCGAAAUAUCAAGGAGGUAUUGCUAAAGUUACCAACACAGAAGUUGAUAAGUGGGCUGAAGAACUGGGAGAACCUUCAGUCCGCAGAUCACCUCGACCAAUGAAACGCAUUAACUACGCUGAAGAUAAUUCAGACGAAGAGAGGGAGAUGAGGAGAGUAAAUAGUACUGCUCAUUCGCAAUCGACGGAAUCUCCACAACCUAGAACCCCACCGCAAGCUUUUCGGGAUUUAACUCCAUUGAAAACAACUCCGAAUAAGCGACCGCGGAAUAAAGAGGAAAUUCAGCGAUAUUCCGAAGAUAUCUCUGUUAUAUGUGCUUUUGAUAAAUCUGUUUCGGAGUUGAGCUUAGAAAUCGGCGAGGAGCUUGCCAUUGAGCUAUCCUCUAUUCGUGACAUCAAUCCUGCUGUGUGGUCACAUGCUCUGGAAAAAUACGUUGAUACUUCUCUUAAAGAAACUGGAAAAAAAUUCAAAACUGCAAUUCAGGUUGAAGUUCCGAAUGAACCAUUUCGGUUGUAUUGUGAAAAAGUUCUUCUUGAUUUUUAUAAUCUUGUUGAUAGGACGUUUUUGAAUCUUAACUUCGAUUGGAUUGAAAGCCAUGCAUCUUCAGCAAAAAUAACAAAAUCCACAACAAAUUCAGGCAUAGUUAAAGUAGAUUCCAAGGCAACUCGGUAUUCAGAUGGACAAGAAGUUUGGCAUAUGGAAGUGGCUGGUGGACCGUGCAAAACAACAGACGUACAUACCCUUGGUGAUACGAAAAAAACUAUGCGAAUGGAUGUUUUGAAUUUAAUUGGAAUUUUACGAAAUCACUUUGAUUGUGACAUAAAACUCGCCACUAAAAUCAAAGUGUUCUGUACUCAGGUGAUUGAACUUGCUACAGCUUUAAUCCCUUUCAGCUUCCAUGGUCGAAAUCAAUAUAAAGCUCUUCUCAGAAUGAUGGCUAUCUUUCAUGAUGAGAUAACAAAACAAGAAGAACUAAUGGGCGAGAUUGAACGAUCUGUACUUCGACCUAAGGGAACAACAGUUCGUCAUGUAUUAAAGAUUCCUGAUGAAUUGUUCGAACACUAG